UUUUCCUCUCUCGAGAGAGUUUCCAAUCAAAGAGUCACACUUGGGAAGAUGGAGAUCACUAACGUUACCGAGUAUGAUGCAAUCGCAAAGCAGAAGUUGCCUAAGAUGGCAUACGACUACUAUGCAUCUGGUGCAGAAGAUCAAUGGACUCUUCAAGAGAACAGAAACGCUUUUGCAAGGAUCCUCUUUCGGCCUCGGAUUUUGAUUGAUGUGAGCAAAAUUGAUAUGGCGACUACCGUCUUGGGGUUCAAGAUCUCGAUGCCGAUCAUGGUUGCUCCUACUGCCUUUCAAAAGAUGGCUCACCCUGAUGGGGAAUAUGCUACGGCUAGAGCUGCCUCUGCUGCUGGAACCAUCAUGACACUAUCUUCAUGGGCUACUUCCAGUGUUGAAGAAGUUGCUUCCACAGGGCCAGGAAUCCGAUUCUUCCAGCUCUAUGUAUACAAGAACAGGAAGGUGGUUGAGCAGCUCGUGAGAAGAGCCGAGAAAGCUGGGUUCAAAGCUAUUGCUCUCACUGUUGACACCCCAAGGCUAGGUCGCAGAGAGUCUGAUAUCAAGAACAGAUUCACUUUGCCUCCAAACCUGACAUUGAAGAACUUUGAAGGUCUUGACCUUGGAAAGAUGGACGAGGCUAAUGACUCUGGCUUGGCUUCAUAUGUUGCUGGUCAAAUUGACCGUACCUUGAGCUGGAAGGAUAUCCAGUGGCUCCAAACAAUCACCAACUUGCCAAUUCUUGUCAAGGGUGUUAUUACAGGAGAGGAUGCAAGGAUAGCGAUUCAAGCUGGAGCAGCAGGGAUCAUUGUGUCAAACCAUGGAGCUCGCCAGCUUGAUUAUGUCCCAGCAACAAUCUCAGCCCUUGAAGAGGUUGUCAAAGCAACACAAGGACGAGUUCCUGUCUUCUUGGAUGGUGGUGUUCGACGUGGCACGGAUGUCUUCAAGGCACUUGCACUUGGAGCCUCUGGAAUAUUUAUUGGAAGACCAGUGGUAUUCGCACUAGCUGCUGAAGGAGAAGCUGGAGUCAGAAAGGUGCUUCAAAUGUUGCGUGAUGAGUUCGAGCUAACCAUGGCACUAAGUGGGUGCCGGUCACUCAGUGAAAUCACCCGUAACCACAUUGUCACCGAAUGGGACACUCCACGCCAUCUGCCCAGAGACACACUUCAGAAGAUGGAGAUCACUAACGUUACCGAGUAUGACGCAAUCGCAAAGCAGAAGUUGCCUAAGAUGGUUUACGACUACUAUGCAUCUGGUGCAGAGGACCAAUGGACUCUUCAAGAGAACAGAAAUGCUUUCGCAAGGAUCCUCUUUCGGCCUCGGAUUCUGAUUGAUGUGAGCAAGAUUGACAUGACAACCACCGUCUUGGGGUUCAAGAUCUCGAUGCCCAUCAUGGUUGCUCCUACUGCCAUGCAAAAGAUGGCUCACCCUGAUGGGGAAUAUGCUACAGCUAGAGCUGCAUCUGCAGCUGGAACUAUCAUGACACUAUCUUCAUGGGCUACUUCCAGCGUUGAAGAGGUUGCUUCCACAGGGCCAGGGAUCCGAUUCUUCCAGCUCUAUGUAUACAAGAACAGGAAUGUGGUUGAGCAGCUCGUGAGAAGAGCUGAGAGGGCUGGGUUCAAAGCCAUUGCUCUCACUGUAGAUACCCCACGGCUAGGCCGCAGAGAGUCUGAUAUCAAGAACAGAUUCACUUUGCCUCCUAACCUGACAUUGAAGAACUUUGAAGGUCUUGACCUCGGAAAGAUGGACGAGGCCAAUGACUCUGGCUUGGCUUCAUAUGUUGCUGGUCAAAUUGACCGUACCUUAAGCUGGAAGGAUGUCCAGUGGCUCCAGACAAUCACCAAAUUGCCGAUUCUUGUCAAGGGUGUUCUUACAGGAGAGGAUGCAAGGAUAGCGAUUCAAGCCGGUGCAGCCGGAAUCAUUGUGUCAAACCAUGGAGCUCGCCAGCUUGACUAUGUCCCAGCAACAAUCUCAGCCCUUGAAGAGGUUGUCAAAGCGACACAAGGAAGAAUUCCUGUCUUCUUGGAUGGUGGUGUUCGACGUGGCACUGAUGUCUUCAAGGCACUAGCACUUGGAGCCUCCGGGAUAUUUAUUGGAAGACCAGUGGUAUUCUCAUUGGCUGCUGAAGGAGAGGCUGGAGUCAGAAAGGUGCUUCAAAUGCUACGUGAUGAGUUCGAGCUGACCAUGGCACUGAGUGGGUGCCGAUCUCUAAAGGAAAUCUCCCGUAACCACAUUACCACCGAAUGGGACACUCCACGUCCUUCGGCCAGGUUAUAGAGAGAAAAAAAAAAACAACAAGCA